AUGCAGUUACUACACAUCUUUCGUUUUUGUUUUCUAGUUUCAGCGCAGGACGAUGAAGGUCCAUAUAAAGGCAAGUUUAUUGGUAAAAUUAAUUCUUAUCACCAUCAAGUAUCAGGAGAUGUUUACGCAGUAGACGAAUAUACUUUGCUGUUAACGAAAUUUAAUUAUGAUGGUAAUGGUGCUGACACUUUCUUUUGGGCGGGUGCUGCAAAUCGACCGGGACCUCAAGGGUUCAUAGUAUCCGACGAAUACGGAAAAACUAACGUUUUAGAAAGAUAUUUUAAUAAAGACUUCACAUUAACGUUACCAGAAAAGAAAAAGUUAACCGACAUAAAGUGGUUCGCAAUUUACGACAUUUGGAGCCAAAACACCUUUGGAGACAUUUACAUUCCCGAAGAUUUUGAACCUCCAACUGUUCAAAAAAUAGGAAAACUUGCUGCCAAAAGUAACAUGAUCAGUUCAGGAAAAAUUGAAGUUCUGGACGCUAAAAGUAUUAGAAUAAACAAUCUUUUCUACGAUGGUAAAGCCAAAGACGCUUAUUUUGUUGCUGGAAUUGGCCCUUUGCCGAAUUCAAAGGGGCAUAAAAUUCCAGACGAAUAUGGAUAUCUAGAUUCACUAAGGGCAUAUAAAAACCAAACAAUCACUUUGGAAUUACCAGGAGAUUUAACUGUUUUCAAUAUAGACUGGCUAAGUAUUUUCGAUUUCGAAAACAAAGCAAAUUUAGGUUCUAUUUUAAUAACAAGCGGUUUGAAUGUUCCACCAUCUCUCGUGAAAGUUAUACCUCAUAAGAACGAUUUACCAAACUGCUUACAACUUCAUAGAGAUUUUCAAGUUUCAUGGGAAAUCUUCGGACCUGCCAUAACAAUUCAACUUGCAGGACAAAUUAAAGAGGAUGAAUAUAUGGCGUUUGGCUUGUCAGGAUCACCAGAAAAAAGUCAAAUGUUGGGGGCGGAUGUUGCAGUAGCUUAUAUCCACGAAUAUAGAGGAUUAGCAACAGAUUACAACAUUACAGCAUUAACAGCGUGCGUAAAAGUUCUGGGUCAAUAUAAAGGUGUUUGCAAAGACGAAUUGGUGGGUGGUCAAGAUAAUAAUCAAAUCCACACUGCAGUACGCGAAAAUGGUAUUAAUAUUAUUACGUACAGAAGAAGUUUAAUAUCACCUGACACUGGAGAUAAAGAGUUUCCUACAGAAGGGUCCGUCUAUAUUGUAUGGGCCUUAGGUCGUCUUGACAAAUCCAAAGAGCCAACAUUUCACGAUAUUUAUCCGAAAUCUGAUAUCAAAAUUGAGCUGAAUAAAAAGGAACCGGCAUCAAAUUGCUUUGCAUUUACAACAACCGACAGGAAUUUAGUAGAAGUGUGGGAAAAAAAUCAAAUAUUCGAUAGAAAUAUUCGUACUUUCAAUGCGUACCUUGGGCCUUCGGGAGGUAAAAAGGGUUACCAAGGAAUGACAGGACAACCAUCAGCUCCAUUGGCGUGGUACAUAAACGGUCUUUUAGCGCCUGAGUUAUGGCUCAGAAGAGGCUUAACAUAUUCGUUUAAAGUGAGAGGAGGCAACAAUCCCCACAGUGCUGAGUUUUAUCAUCCCUUAAUUAUCACCGAUGAACCGCACGGUGGAUUUGACAGAUUAACAGACGAAGCCCAGGCUCGAGUUCGGGUUCUUGCUGGUGUAGAAUACUCAAGAAGAGGAAGACCGAGACCAACAGCAGCUGGGCCUCUUUGUUUAUCGAAGCAUAAGGAAAAUCAAGACAGAAGAUUAGAUGACGAUUUUCCGACAUUUAAAAAAUUCAACCGAUCUUUAGAAUACACUUGUGAUUCUGGCGAACCGGCACUUUUAGAAGUUACCCCCAACACCUCGUGGCCCGACAUCGUCUACUAUAAUUCCUUCACGCAAUCGAAUAUGGGAUGGAAAAUUUACGUGGUUGAUAAUUACGUAAAAUCAAAUUGUUCAGAUAUAAAAUGUAACUUCUGGGUAUUAUUUCUUGUAGCAGUAGUCUCUCAUUUGUUUUUUAAACAAUCUUACAGAUUGUUUAUGUAAACAAAAAGCUGUGAACUGUAUUUAUAAAAUUUUCCUUCAGGAAUCCGUUACUGUGGUAACAGAUAAACCUGACAUCUAGACAAUCCUUAAAAUAAAGUAUACGGAUGUA